AUGGCAUUUCCAAUUCCACAGCUUAUCCCUUCAUCAACAACACCGUACAACUUUCCUUUGUUAAACCUCACUCCACUUAGUCCACUUUCCUUAAACCCUAAAAUUCCAUCCUCAACACCUACGCCGCCGCCGUAUCUUAAUGUUCUCCACCACUCUCGCCGCCGGAAAGCUACUUCGCAUCUCCGAUGUUCCGCGUCUAUCCCGGAGAAGAAUCAUUCCACCUCUCCAAACUCAGAAGACGAUGUAACGGAACUCCCUCUCUUUCCUCUCCCUUUAGUUCUCUUCCCCGGAGCAAUCCUUCCUCUCCAGAUCUUCGAGUUUCGUUACCGCGUCAUGAUGCAGACACUCCUCCAUACCGAUCUCCGAUUCGGCGUUAUCUACACCGAUCCUGUUUCAGGAACAGCUGAAGUAGGUUGCGUAGGUGAAAUCAUAAAACACGAACGACUCGUUGAUGAUAGAUUCUUCUUGAUCUGUAAAGGUCAAGAGCGUUUUCGUGUCACGAAAGUCGUUCGUAAGAAACCUUAUCUUGUAGCUCGUGUAGCGUGGUUGGAAGAUAGACCUUCACCAUCUGCUGACGUGGAUGUUGACGGUUUAGCGAAUGAAGUGGAAACUUACAUGAAAGACGUUAUUCGGUUAUCGAAUCGGUUAGGUGGAAAAGCUGAAAAAGAAGUUGGUGAUUUGAGAAGGAACUUAUUUCCAACGCCGUUUUCGUUUUUUGUUGGAAGCACUUUUGAAGGUGCACCUAGAGAGCAACAAGCUUUGUUGGAAUUGGAAGAUACUGCUGCAAGAUUGGCGAGGGAGAAAGAAACUUUGAAGAAUACGCUUAAUUAUUUAUCUGCUGCUUCUGCUGUUAAAGAUGUUUUUCCAUCUUCAUCUUCUCCUUCUUCUUCAUCUUAGAGGAAGGUGUAUGAAAGGUAUUGUUUGCAUCGACAAUAGGCAAUAGUAACCAUAUAAUUAUCUACUGGGAAAAAACUUGUAAAUUCUCCUAAGUGUAAUUUUUUAUAUGCUAAUCAUGUUGUCUUUGUUAUUAA